UAGCUCUUCGCAAACCAAAAACCAACAAAAAAAAAAAAAAACUCAAAAAGGAAUGGCCAAACUCAACAUUUUGAUUUUCCUCGCCCUUGCCAUUGUUGCAUCCUCGCUCUUCACUGAACAAGCAAAUGCCGACUGCAACGUUGACUUGAACGCGCUGAGCGACAAGUGCACCAAAUUUGUGAAGAAAGGCGAGCCGCCAGUUCUUCCGUCAGAUGACUGUUGCCGGAUGAUACAGAAGGCUGAUGCUCAUUGUGUGUGUACCAAGAUUACUCCUGAUCUUGAGAACACAGUUAGUAUGCCGCUGGCUAUCAUGGCGGCGAGCUUCUGUGGUAACCCUGCUCCUCAUGGAACCAUCUGCGGGAGUGUUAAAAUUCCAUAAGCAUUAUGGGAGAAACAAAGAAAAAUAAAUAAAUAAAGGUGGAUCCAGAUACCAGAUGUUUUAUAUGUCCACAUACCGGAUGUUUUAUAGGCCACGAAGUUUGGACAAAAAUAAAUAAAAUGGAUGACUUGGAAUUUAUUAAUGCUUAAAUUUAUGCAUAUGUUCAUGGUUUUACUCAA